AUGGUGAUGUGCACGGCCGUGCACCCUGGCCGUGCAACUCGGGAAAACCCGGUUUUAAAGCCUAAUCCGAGCCAGAAGCCAAGGAUCGAAUUUAUGGAGCAAAAACAGAGUUUUAGAGAGAGAAAGUGCGAAGAACUCACCCUAGAAGCCAUCUUGGAGCUGGGUUUCAUCAAAUCAAGCUUGGAGAUCGUGCUAGGAGUGGAAAUCAUCAUCCCGGAGCAGAUUAUCCUCAUCAUUAUGAGUAUGACUACUCCGAUUACUGUUUUCUUUUCUCUCUCUAUGGAGAGACUGGUUAUACGAGAGUUAGCCAGUUUACUGCUUUGUACUGGAAUCUAA